GUCAACUCUAAUUUUCAGAGAGUCGCUCAAUCCAACUGGGCCUUUAUGUCUCUACCCAAUCCCGCCUCAAGUGUACUGAGCUUGGCCCAAAAGUGAUGGACUGGGCCUGGCUUCCUUACAUGCCGGUUGGACGAUGAGAGCCGUGAGACGAAAGAGACGGAUGUAAAAUUAAACUGGUAAGGGAACCGUCGAAGAGUUCGACAACCGGCGAGAAUGGAACCGGAGCAGAAGAAAAGAAAGUUCAAGCCGCCGCCGCACAAGUCGAAGACUGCAGCAUCUUCGGCUGGACCCAAAACGGCAGCAGACGAAGCAGCAACAAUCAGAAGUGGUUCUGGAGUAGGUAUUAGUAGUAGUAGUAGUAGUAGUAGUAGUAGUAGAGUGGAUCCUUGGAUUGAACAGGGUAAGACCAUGGCAGUGAGCCAGGCUCAGAAAGAUGGGUGCACAGGGAAUUACAGAAUCAUGGAUUCCCCAUUCGGGAACUUCCUCCUACCUGUCCUCCCAACUCGUGCUGAAUUGUUGUCUGGAUGAUUCUUUCUUUCGUUGUUUCGUGGAUUGGAUCCCACCUUGGUUUCGAAAUCUAGCUGCAGUUCAGAUAGGUCACAAAUCACAAUCAUAGUUUUCUGCCCAGCAUUCUAAUGAAGCUAUUCAGCCU